AUGACUUCACGCAAGCGCUCAUCAGAUGCGCAGAACCUGGGUGAUGAUAGCCUUCAGGCCAAGAAAGCCAAGGUUAGCUCAGGUGAUGCAGGCAUCUCGAAGGUGGAUUCGAAUGGAGAUAAGUAUUGGGAAAUCUCCAAAAUGCGACGAGUAACCGUCUCCUCAUUCCGCGGAAAACCCAUGGUCAGUGUGCGUGAAUUUUACGAGAAGGAUGGUCAGGAGCUUCCCGGCAAGAAGGGAAUAUCCAUGCCUGUUGCCCAAUUCGCCGCCCUGAUCAAAAUUCUCCCUGAUAUUGAGGAAGCUCUCAAGGGACAGGGCGAGUCACUGCCCAGACCAGCGUACUCGGGGGAUGGAGCCCAGUCCGAUGGCGAAGAUCAAGACAAGCCAAACAAGAGUUCCAGCCCUUCAAAGCCGAAUAUCGAGGCUACCAGUGAAGAGGAUAGUGAGGCAUAA